GUGUUUUCACAAAAACUUGAAGUUCGCGAAAGUUACGAUACGUAGUAAAAAUAAUAAAAUUUUCAGCUGGUCAAAACAAUUAAAGCUAAGCAUGAGAUCGCUUUACAGAAAUAAAGAGAUAAUGUUAAAAAUAACUCUACCUAAUUUCAAUUCAUAUAUUUCCUCCCACAACGGAAAAUUUAGUGGGGACUAUGAAGUUUUAUUACACUUUCAUUGCUCCUUGUCAACAGAUGUUCUCUGACUUUUCCGAAGAGUUCAAAGAGGCUUGAAUAACUUCUUUUUUGUGCAAGUCUAGGAGUGGAAAUGAGUGCCAAGCGCCAUCACAGUAAGAUAGGCUCCAAAUCGAGAAGUCGAUCGAAGUCGUCUAAUAUUAGUGAAAGGCUGAUUUCCAAAGAUUUUAAAAAAUGUGAAGGUGAACCGAAGUACUAUGUAAAUAUUUCCAAAAUAAUGGGAAGGUAUAUGGUGGCCAAAAAGGACCUAUCACCAGGAGAGGUGAUUUUAAGUGAAUUACCAUUAGUGGUGGGACCUUGCACUGGCAGUAAAUUACAAUGCUUAGGAUGUUACAAAAAUGUCGAAGGAGAAAACGGUUUCGUCAAAUGCAGAGGGUGUGGAUGGCCGCUUUGUUCACAUACCUGCCCAGGUCUCAAACAACGUCUAGGACAUACAGAUGUAGAGUGCUCCACCCUCAAAGACUGUAACUCUUCUUAUUUUCUGAAUUACGAAGACGUAUCAAGAAUGAGGGUUCAUCUUCAGGCAAUUGUUCCCCUUAGAUGUUUGCUUUUGAAACGGAUUGAUCCAAAGUCUUACAAUCUACUUUUAGACAUGGAACAUCAUAACGAUAUAAGACAAAAUAUUCCAGAAGUUUGGAGUGCUAACCAAGAAAAUGUUGUGAAUAGGAUUAUUAGGGACUGGAGAUUGACACAAUUCACUGAAAAUGAGAUACACACAAUGUGUGGUGUGUUAGAG